AGGAGUGAUGUGAGGAUGACGUCAUUCUCUAAAACUGCGUAGGCAUGGACCGGAAGGAAGUGGGUGUUAGCUGACUUACGUUAGCAAGCUACAAUUACGAAGUCUGCUGUGGGUUCUAUGGAAGAGAUGUCAGGAGAGAGUGCCGUGAGUUCGGCAGUGCCGGCAGCUACAACCCGGACCACGUCCUUUAAAGGCUCCAGUCCCAGCUCCAAAUAUGUGAAGCUAAAUGUGGGUGGGGCUCUGUACUACACUACAAUGCAGACCCUGACCAAGCAGGACACCAUGCUCAAGGCCAUGUUCAGUGGCAGGAUGGAGGUCCUCACUGACAGUGAAGGUUGGAUUUUGAUUGAUCGCUGUGGCAAACAUUUCGGAACAAUCCUGAACUACCUAAGAGAUGGAGCCGUGCCCUUGCCAGACAGCCGACGGGAAACCGAGGAGCUGCUUGCAGAAGCCAAGUAUUACCUUGUCCAAGGCCUCGCUGAUGAAUGCACAGCUGCCCUGCAGAACAAAGAAACAUAUGAACCUCUAUGUAAAGUGCCUCUGAUGACAUCAUCAAAGGAGGAGCAGAAGCUUAUAGCUACUGCAAAUAAGCCUACAGUUAAACUGCUGUAUAACAGAAGCAAUAACAAGUAUUCGUACACCAGCAAUUCCGAUGACAACAUGCUGAAAAAUAUCGAGCUGUUUGACAAGCUGUCUCUGCGUUUCAAUGGCCGCGUGCUCUUCAUCAAAGAUGUGAUCGGGGAUGAGAUCUGCUGCUGGUCCUUUUACGGACAGGGGCGGAAGAUCGCUGAAGUGUGUUGCACCUCCAUCGUUUAUGCCACCGAAAAGAAGCAGACAAAGGUGGAGUUCCCCGAGGCUCGCAUCUAUGAGGAGACCCUCAACAUCCUCCUGUAUGAAUCCCACGACGGGAGAGGGCCGGACAAUGCUCUGCUCGAGGCAACAGGGGGCGCUGCAGGGCGCUCCCAUCACCUGGAUGAAGACGACGAGCGAGAACGCAUCGAGCGAGUGCGUAGAAUUCACAUCAAACGACCAGACGACCGCACGCAUCACCACCAGUGACCUCCUGCUCCUCUUCGCACCAAACCUGUGCCUUAGGUCAGCCUCCACAGCACCUCUCUGACUUCUCCAGUCCACUGUGUCUUCUGUGCGUGUGUUGUUUACUUCUAUCGCUGUUCAGAAGCAUCAUAAUCAUAGAUGUUUGUUGUCACUAAACUUUGUCUGCUGUAUCUAUCACACGCGGUCCUAACAUUACAGCAGCUGCAAACAUCCUCUCUUUUAUGAGGCUGAGAGGGAAUCCACUGUGGAUGAGCCAAGUGGCCACAAGAUGGCAGUGUUCUGUUAUGUUAAAGCCUGAUCAAAUUAUUCAGCUCAUCUAUCACAGAUCGCUGCAAUAGUUCUGAGUAGUGCUUACACCAUAUUUUUAGGUUCUCAGUUUUCUAUUUUGCCAUCAAUUGUUAUCUCUGGAGGCAACUUGAACUGUGGCCUGAGGUGUUCAAGUACUCAGGUGAUUGUAUGAUGGGAAGAUCCUGUACUGAGGUUGGAGUGAAGGACUGUAAUCAGAGAUCUUAGUCCUGUCGACAAAUGUUUUCCAGAGAAAUUAGAGCUGUCCUCCAUAAAGAAUGUUUGGUUUGCACAACACAGUUACAAUCACAACACAGUACUACUGUAUGUUUUAUAUUUAUACAUACUUGGUCUAUUUCAAAUAAAUUUAUAUAAACAUG